AUUACAGCGGAUCAGAGCACAGCUGUUUCAGCAGAGCAGCCUAGAUUUAGGUCUCAAAUAUCGCUUCUCCUCGUUAUAUGUUAGCCGGACAGCGUCACUUCUCCUCCCUGCCCUCGCCUCUUUAGCCACAUCUUUUAGCGGCUGGCGUCGCUUCUUUUCUGCGGGUCUCUCGUGCCGUGUGUGUGCCCACGAGAAGAUGGUUUUGUCAACAUCACAACAAGUCGCCCUGGCAUUCACGGCCGUGCUCUUCACGUUCGUCGUCCUGCCCAGGAUGUUUGGCGUCGGCGGCGGGACCGGGGCGAAGGAAGCUAGAUUUGACCCUCGCUACGCCAGAAAAGCAGGUCCAGGCCCGGGCGCGGUGAGAGGUCAGCCCAUUAACGUAAAUGCCCCUGGUUCAGCUCAGACCCCUGAGAACAUGCAGCAGAUGAAGAAGCUGAUGGAGCAAGAGCUGAAGAGUGACAAGUACAAAUCCAACAGCAACAAGGGCUACGUGUUCACACUGAUGCCUCUGUACGCCAUUGGAGUUGGAGUGUUUGCAGCCUACAAGUUUUUGAAGAUCAAGUCUGCAGAUGACCAGGCACAAAAGGACAAAUUUGCAAAAGGAGCCAAGAAGUCAGUGGAAGCAGAGAACCAGUUAAACGAGCUGGAACAAAGGCUAGCGCAGACAGAGAGGAUGCUCAAUUCCAUCCUCACACAGCUGGACCCGCUCACUAACUGCGUGAAGUCAGUGGCCCAGGAGCAGAAGAACGAGAUCAUGUCUCAACUCCAGACCAUCCGGUAUCUGAUGAAGAAGAGAGGAAUGGACUGUCCACCCCUGAACAUCAACGAGGCAUCCUGCGAGCGUAAUCUGGACGACCUCAUUGAGUCACUGGGAGCCAACGACACCUUGGCAGUGCAGGCUUCUCUGGUGGACAAGCAGAGCUCUACAGGAACAGCAGAGGCUUCUGAAAAGGUAUAUCAGAAGAGUUUGGAAGGUAAAGACGAAGCUGCAACAGAAGGUGAAGAGAUGAAGGAGCUCGUACCAGAGGAAUCAGAUGGGGAAUCGGAGGAAGAAGGGAAUGUAGAGGAAGAGGAGGAGGUUGAUAAAGAGCAGGAGGAGGAAGAAGGAUUGGAGGACUCUGAGCUCAUGCCUUCUCUAGAGGACUCAUAUGAGACAAACAUUGAGGAGGUUGGAAUGGAGCAGCUUGCAUCCGGCCUCAGGCGACGCAACAGGCCUGACUGAACUCAUUGCAGGACUUCUUCACUCUACAAAGAUGUGACAGAUUAUUAUUAAUAUUUAUUACCUGAAAGGCUUUCAUUCCAAAAGGCUGUCUACAUAUUCAUCAAAAACACACAUUGCAUUCAUCAGAAACUAUAACCUCAUAAGGAAAGCUCUCUAACAGUAAACACAUAGGGCUCUAUUUUCAUGUUACACUCACAAGAAUCAACACCAACAUGUGCAUAAGGUCAGUGAGGGUUGCCAGGUGCAUCUGAUAUUAUUGCUCACAUAGGUGCAGUGUGCUAUGUGCAGAAGGGUUGGCUAAAGUGGAUUUGGUGAUUAUUCAUCCUCCCAGUUAGUGACAUUUCCUGUCACAUACCUUUAUAACAACUGUUCCGAUUGCAAUGGUGCAUGAAAAACAAGACUCAAAUGUAAAGCUGGAAUCUCCCCUGCCCCCAGGAGCAUUCUCUUAAAGUCUCUCUGUGACUGUAAUCCUUCCUCUGAAUGCUUAGUGUCUUUUUUUUAUCUGGAGGAUCCACUCCAGAAACUUUUAUCCACCAUACUCCUAGCUGCUGCUCCAUCCCCCCCCUGCUCCCUUUAGCUCCGGGUAGCUGAUGUGAAACGCAUUCCCUUCGGUAAGCUGUGCGGGAAAGUCGCAGUAGAAACUGUGGUGUACUGCAAAAUACAAAGAGCUUUCCUUGUUAGCGAUCGGCUUAUUUAACAUUGUAUGAACUGGUUUGGCAAGGGCUUAAAUGUAAAAGAUGCUUAUUAACAUCCAGAAGUCCCCCACUCCAGCUUUAAAGCUCAAUUUGUAAUCACUGUGACAUACAAAACCUGACAUUAAAUGUCUUAGUAAGGUGUUGUUCCAUCACAAGCCUUUCAAAUCAGUUUCAGUGCUCUCUGUUGUAGAUUCUCCAAGUGUGGUGAACUCCACUGGAGGGAUGAACAGUAUUCUUUCAAAUGAUAUUCUUUUUGGUGUUUUGAUGAUGAUAAUGAUGGUGGUGGUGGUGGUGGUGGUGGAGGAGAGCACUGUCAAACGGCCAGACACACCAAACUGACCUCAAAGAACCAGUGGCAACAAAGGCUGACUAUCCGAUGAUUUAUCAUGCACUAGUGAAUAAUAACACAGACCAUUACAAGCUAUUUCUACGUAAGAGCUAACCUAAUCCAACCUAAUAUCACAUGUUUCUUGUGAUCUCACACGCCCUCUAGUUUAGUCAUUAGCCUGCUUUCCUCACUUCUGUUUCUCUUCUCGUGUACUGAGCUGAACCACCAAUCAGAGUGAUUUCACUCACUGACAGGCUCCACUGUCUCCAACGCUGAUUCAGCAUGCUGAAUCUGCCAAAAGUCACCCGGCAAAGGCCGACUAGUGCCAACAGUGUGCGACACACUGCAAAACAAAUGACCUGACCGCUUGACAUAGACCAACAGCUGACUGUCGGCUUGGUGUGUCGGAGCCCUGACAGAACACUCCAUAAUAUCACCCAGAAGACCAUUAGUGAUGGGUUGUUAAAGCACCGAUGCUUUUAAGCCAACUGCACUGAAAGUGUUUCCUUGGAUAAACUCAUUAUACGAAUUGUCUCCCCAGGCUCCUCCAUAGCCUUGCCAUAAACAUUUCAAAUUUAAAUAGUUCCUGGAAAACAAGAAAGGCCCAUCUCAACACAGAGCUAACACACCACUAAUACUUCUCAAAUCAUCCAGGAGCUUUUGUUCCCUGUAUGGAAGCAGCCUGUAUUUGUCAUGUUUCUCACCACAUUGACUCAGAUCUUUCCUUUAACUUGUUGCCCUCCUUUACAAUAAUGUGGGUCAGCCAGUGGGUUAUCUCCAGGUCUGAAAAGUGAGGGUAAUGCUGAAGUGCCUUAAACCUGCAUUCUUUUUAAUGGCCAGCAGGGGGUGACUCCACUGGGUGGAGUAAGUAGUCCAGUUAAGUUCUAUGAGAACAUGAGUUGAUUAUUAGCUCAGUAAAUAUUUUCUUAACCAGUAUAUGGUCUCUAGUUUCAAGUCUUCUUCAAUUCAGCAUGAUCAUUUCAUAAAUUAUAGCCCCAUAUAGAGUUAAAUAGAUGAUAAAGUAGGAUAUUGUUUAGGGCGUGGCUACUUUGGGAUUGACAAGUCGCCACCACGGUGGUGACACAGCUAACGUGCCAACAUUUGUGGUACUCCACAAACCAGUUGAUGAUGUCACAGUGGUUCCGUCCUUUUCCUCUAUACAGUCUAUAGGUGCUGUCCAGACAUAAGUUGAAUUGUAGCAGUGAUGGAUGCCAGAUGCAUAAAAAAUUCUGUCUAUUUUGUUUUUGUUUGUUUUUGUCAUGUUACAUACCGUUCCCAAAAAACCUGGUAGUAUGCAUGGAAUUCACGCACAAUUAUGUGUGCUUGAAGUAUGCAUGAUUAAACACACAUUUUCAGCAGUGUUUUUCUUACUAGCAGUAAAUGUGUGGGAAGUGUUUUUGUGCAGACAUAUUGUUUAUACAUCUGGUCCUAGAUCCUCAGACAUCCAUUUGCUGCACCAAAGAAACACUUAAACUUGCAAUGCCUCAUCUUCUUGGGGCACUUUUACACCAUGCGUGCUGCACUGGCCAUGAGAACAUAGAAGGGACAGACAAACCACCAGGUAGUCAGGGGGUCCUUUUCAUUAUGCUAACUUAUGCUUCCUUAUCUCCUCCCGUGACCCAAAAAUCGUUCUCCCUCCGCAAUGAUGGAGCUUCCAAUCCUUUAAAUGCAUCUCACAAGACAAGGAGAGAGAAAGCCUCUGUAUGAGCUCAUAGCGAGGAAACAGGUGUAUUUGACACGGAAAUAAAGUACGGAGCUGCCCAAGGGUCACGGCGGGAUUUUCUUACCAUAAUAUAGGUCAACAAUCAGUAAUAAUGCUACUGAUGAUUGGUUAUAUUAUAUAAUCUGCAUAUCUAAAUGAAGGCCUCCUGUAUAUGUAAAACCUUUAUAGGCCUAUAAGAGAUGUCCCUAUCUAUGAAAGAUCCUUUAAGAUUUUGAAAUUGUUAUUAAAGAAACGGUUUUGUGGACAUUCACACCAGUCAGUUUGACAUGUGAUAGAGCUCCGCAGCAACAGAAGUAGAUGAUGUCGCUGAAAACUGACACUGUGGAACCAAGGGUUUCUUUUUUGGGAGCUUCUGCUUCUCUGUCCUUGCAUCUCUUCCUCACCUCCUCUGGUCACUCAUGAAGUUAGGAAGCGAGGAGAAGUGAGCGUGAUAAAAUGCACCUUGAGUUCGGAAAAUUGCAACACCAAAUAUAGUGCUAAUUGUAUUAGUCUUUGUGCUGACAUGAAAAAAGAGCCCAUAAUGUCCUGUGCUUUCCUGUUGUCAGUCAUCUUUCCAACACUAAUCAUCACCUUUUUAUACUUGCCUGAUUUUGGAGUGAAAUGUCUAUACAUAUUUGGUUUUACUAGCUCUGUCAGUGGUUUGGGUUUGCAUCUGCUUGAGUGCUGAAGCCACGCUUUUGAUGUGAUUAUGUUACUCUGAUUAAUGCCACAGGAUAUGAUCGUAAGUCUGUAAAGACUCAGCUUCUCUUUCAGUCUGGAGAAAAUGUGCUUUCAUUGCCUCGAGCCAGCCUGUGCUGCCACCCUCUGCCCUUGUCAGGUAUGAGAAAAUAUCACAGAGGAAUGAUUUUAUGUCAAAACCCAUAGAAGUCUUACCACAAACAACACUGCUUUCCUAUUUUAUUAAUAAAUACUACUUUUUUUUUUUUUUUUUUUAAACCAUAAAGGCUCUGACACUAGUGCUACUGAAUGGUCAAAGCCUCCUUAGACUGCAGAAUAUUAUAAUAUACAUUGUAAAAAGUGUGAGCUGGGCUUGUGGCAUGCCAUUAUACAUCAAAACAUAGUUGUGCAUGUUUUUUUUGUCUACACAUUGUGACUGCAUGUUUUUAUUUAUUUAUUCAAGAAGAAAGUGACAAUCAUUUGAUCAACCAGACACACGUUGACUCCCAUGAAAUUCUUCUACUGAUCCAUUUUUAUAUUAAUUUAAAAAAUCAGCAUUAUUUUAAAUGUGUUUCUGUAUGUUGGAUAUUUGUUGGAUACUGAUAAUGCAGAAAGGAAUCCCUUUGCCUUAUAUUUAAAAUAUUUGGUUUUGUUGUGUUUUUUUUUUUUUUUUUGGAAUCCUUGUGAGAGGUCACUGUGAGAGGGCUUUCCGGUUGUUUCCAUGUUGUCUGUUGUUUGGCAACAUAGAUCCAGGUACUGUCAGGGUGCUCCUCGAAAUAUCGAAGUACAAUGAACAAAUUUAGGUCUUGAUUAAAAAUAAUAAUAGUAAAAAGAUCAGUAUGUAUGAUCCUUUUUGUAUCAUAUGCCCCUAAAGUUUGCUAAAUGCUUAAUGUAAAAAUCACAUUAAAAUGAUUAUAAUAUUUGCAUAAAUGAGAUGCCCCUGUCCUACUGUCAAUCAUAUAAGAUCACAGCAUGAAUAUUUUUUGUAAAGCCCACAAUUCAUUGCCUUAUUACUGAUGAAAUAUUUGAGCUGUAGACACUGCAAGAUUGGUUGGCUUUAUAUUUUUACUGUUUUACGGAAUUCUAACACCAGCUUUUACACAUAUAAUUUAUAGCCACCUCUUGGAAUCCACAAAUAUCUGCCUUAAUUUAUUUUGUAAAUGUGUUCCCUGUUAUGCAUAGUUACAUUUCUGUGUUGGAGGUUUUGUGUGUCAUGUGGAGACUGAGUGAGGGAACUCAGCUUGCUUUAAUAGAAAAUAAAACAACAAAAAAUGU